AUGAAUAGCAUUGAAGCCGAAGUAGUAGCGAGCGGAGCCGCUCUGGCCAACGAUCAUCGCGACACUGCUGCUAGCGGGGGCCAUUUGGCACCGCCACAUCAAGCUGGUAUACCCACCAUCGCGCCUUAUGGAGACGAGAAGAUGGAUAAAUUAGAUGAAAAAGGCAUGAUUAUCGAUCCGGAAAAUUACAACAUUCAAGACGUCGAUGUAGAAGGUACCUUCCCCACUGAAGAAGAACAAGCGGUUUUACCAAGAACUUCUGAAAGUGUGUCUUGGUAUGUCUUUCUCAUUGUCUUGGUAGAAUUUGCAGAGAGAUUUGCAUACUACGGAAUUACUGGUGUCUUCGCCAAUGAGAUCCAGAAUCCAAUGCCAACUGGAAGUACUGCCGGUAAUCUAGUUUCUGACAUGAGUGAGACACCUGGGGCGCUCGAUAUGGGCCAGCAAGCAUCUACAGGCUUAACAAAUUUCUUCUCCUUCUGGUGCUACCUCACGCCUAUAAUUGGUGGCAUAAUCGCCGACACAAAGCUAGGAAAAUAUUGGACUAUCGUGGUUUUUUCGUCUAUUUACUUGGUUGGUCUGAUUAUCCUAACUUGCACGAACAUUCCACCGGCACUAUCUGGCGAUAGGGAUGCCGGAUUGGGUGGACUUAUCACUGCAAUGAUUAUCAUUGGUCUGGGAACUGGUGGUAUCAAGAGCAAUAUUUCGAUCUGGCUCGCUGAGCAAAUCAAGACUGACACAAUGUAUGUACACACCAACAAGAAAGGCGAGAAGGAAAUAGUAGAUCCAAAUAUCACAGUUCAACGCAUAUUCUCGUGGUUUUACUUCACUAUCAAUUGUGGAUCUCUAGCAUCCCUCGCAACCACGUCAUCAGAGCGCAAGGUUGGUUUUUGGCUGGCAUACACCUUGCCAACGAUAGUUUUUUGCUUCAUACCAGUGCUGCUCACAUUUAUGUAUACUAGAUUGAAGCAUCUUCCACCCAGAGGCAGUGUUCUUAUUGAAACUGUCAAAGUCUGUAAAGCAGCUUGGAGCAAGAGGAGUUGGUCUGCAGCUAAACCUGACGCCUAUGAACAGCAAUACGGUUCAAAACCAACAUGGGAUGGCGCUUUCGUUGAUGAAGUUCAAAGAGGCCUCAGAGCUAGCCGAAUCUUUAUCUUCUAUCCGGUUUACUGGGUUUGCUAUAACAAUAACACUAACAAUUUGGUUUCAAUGGCUGGUAGCCUGAGAAGUGACGGUACUCCUAAUGACCUUAUUCAAAACAUUAAUCCGAUCUCCCUUAUUAUUUUCAUUCCCUUAUUGGAUCUCGGAGUGUAUCCGGCGCUCAGAAAGAUGGGAAUCAGUGUAAGACCGGUUGCUCGUAUUGCUCUGGGAUUCAUUACAGCUUCCCUUGCCAUGGUGUAUUGCGCUGUGUUCCAACACUUUAUUUAUUCGAAGCUGUCACCGUGUGGUGAAUACGCAACUCAAUGUGGCGAGCCAGCUGACAUGAAUGUAUGGAUGGUAGCACCAGCAUACGCUCUGAUAGGACUUUCAGAGUGCUUCGCAUCCAUCACCGGUCUAGAAUACGCGUUUCAAAAAGCUCCCGCUAAUUUGAAAUCCUUGAUUAUGGCCAUAUUCUUACUUCAAACUGCGUUCGGAAAUGCUAUUAAUCUUGCAGUACUGCCAGUAACUGAGGAUCCACACCUUGUUUGGCUUUACACAGGAUUCGCUUGUGCUGCGUUUGUUGCUGGUAUAGCAUUCUAUGCCACCUUCUGGAGCUGGGACAAGACUGAAGAAGCAGACAACGCUGUUGGCAGAGGUGGAAGAAUGGAGAAAGAGGAUACCAGAAAACCUUAA